GAACAGCUGAUAUUCGCACCUGUGUUUCCUUGGCUAAAACAACCUCCAGGAAAAAGCCCCUUUUACCCCCAACAGCAAUAUACCUGUCUGUUCACAGCAGCAACAUUACUGCACGGUGCUACUGGGGUCAGGUCACCACAACCUUUCUCAACCACCGCUGUGCAAAGUUUCAGACUCCCGCGGUGACCAUUUUGAAUUCGCCGCAGCAGGUCGAACAACUCGAACAACGACGUCUGCGUGCGCUAGACUCACUAGUAGCCAGACUAGGCAUUGCCGCUGUGAAGCAGGGGCUGGAAGGGAGUCCUUCAAAGCAAUGACGGUCCCGCCAGCCUACCUGCGCACCACGUCAUCUCCCGUACUCACUACCACGACGAAGGCCGCCGCUCUGUCUGGAAGCAAGGCCGUAGCCGACCAUGCCUCGCUCUCAACGGUUGCCCUCGAAGUGCACAGCAGUGGACCGGACGCUGCAGCCCUUUGUACCUCAGCACCAACGCCAAAACCAACUGCGAAGUUGGAGCGAAAGUUCUCCAAUAAAGUCAUGGGAUUUCUGUUCGGCAAGGGUGGGAAGGGCAAACGCAAUUCACCGAUGGAAAGUCAGUCUCAUGAGUCGAUUCCCAGUCCGGAAACCGACCGGCGCGCGGAGACAGCGUCGCUGAAGAGCGUGGCCAGCACCAGUAGCUUGAAGAGUCUGAUGGGAAGCAAAUCCAAAGGUCUUUUCUCAUUCCGAAAUAAGAAGGAUAAGAAGGCGGACUCAACAUCACAGUCCGCCGCGACGCCAGUAAACGCCGUUUCCCACGAUGCCCGUGGGAUCCCCUCCCCACCCGAAGAUACCCCGCCGCUUCUUCUACCGGAUAAAGAUCUGCGGAAUCACUCAGAAACGCCUGUACAAACCGACUGGUUGGCGUCCCCGGUAGUGGAGAAGGCUGCUGCUCCGCCGACCACUACUUCAUAUUCGACGAAAGCCGCGGAUACGGCGAACGGAGUGCAGAGUCGCUUGCUAGAGCUGCCUGACAUAGCGCCCGUUUCAGGACAGUGGAGAUGGAGCGUUACGGAUAAGCAAGAUGCUUCGAAAUCUGGCGAGAUUGGGAAGAGGAUCGAACCGAAGUCUGAGGAGUCGGCGAAGACUCGGGCGGAGAAACAUAGCUCGACCGCCACAUCUAAAGCAUCGUCAGGACUGGAUUCAGAUGAAAGCCAAGCAAAGACGAAGGGCACACCCCGGAAACUGUCGGAACCAAUAUCCAUAGCUCAGGGCGAAGUGAAACGCACGCACACUGCGCGCAGUACUCGCUCGAGUUCGUCUGAAAGUAUUACUGUCAUCCCUGAAGUGCUCUCUCCGCCAAAGAAACAAUUGGUCAGCAUUGGGGGUACGACGAUAGAAGCCAAGGAUCCAUCCCACCUAUUCUGGGUACCAGCUCACCUGCACCCCGAGUUACAUCCGAGCGAAUUUACGUCGUGGCUCAGCGACUCUGACCCCACAUCGGAUACUGCCUCUAAGUCUCUCUUCCCGGCCGAAAAGAAGCCACUGAAACGGUCGAAAUCAUUUGUCGAAAGGCAUGUCGUUAUCACGCCAGACAACGCGGAUAAGUUCAUGGAGGACGAACCUAUCACGAGGGCUCGAACUGUCGCAGGACUUGCAUCGACGGAACAGCGAGCUGCGAAAGGCUUGCCACCGCUGAAACGGGCUCGGCAUAUAAAGAAGCCUGUUGUUGCCCCGUUGGGUGGCGAAAAUGAUGAAGAGCAGGAAGGGUACAUACCGUCCGGUAGCGAGACCGCUGGGACUUCGCAUCUUUCUGAUGCGGAAAGAGCGCGGCGGAGAAAGUCGAGGAAAUCGCUGAGAAAACGACGCGGAAGCCGGAAAUCAAACAAAUCCGAUAAGGAGAAGAAGGAGGUGGAUGCUGAAAAACAAACAACCGAGGAUGUCGAGGAAGAGCGAAUCAAGGUGCCGGCAUCAUCGCCUCUGCCGGAAGAGGAAAAGAGGGGGACAAAGGAGGACGAGAAUAUUCGCGAAAACAUGGUUGUGACACCGCCGCCAUUACCUGUUCCCAAAUCGGAGGCGACAGACGAGAACGACUCGGAUGUGACAUCUCUCACUGCGGCUUUGGAAGCGUCAGAUAACGCUUCCAAGAGCUCCGUAUCGCAGACAUCAAACGGAAAGAAACCCGAAAAGAAGCCAAAAACACCUAAAUCCUGGAACUGGCUGGGAUUCCUGCACAGUAGGAAGAAGUCCCCAAGAGGAGGACCAAAGCACGCUCGCUCAGCAUCCAUGGACUCGCUCACCAACGAAAGCAGCGGAUCGGAUUGGGACGCAUAUCCCGCGGACCGGGACAAAUUCAACAACCCAGGGCGUCUGCCAGCCGAGGACGAAAAGUAUAUUUACCGCAUAUCCCACGUCAAAAUCGCCGAGACGAGACGGUCCCUGUACCACCAAGUGCUGAUCAGCAACCAGAUGCUGUAUAUCCUCAGCGUGCAUGCGGACGUAACGCUGACACGGCGGGCACCGCAGAAGAGGCCACGGGGUGGGGCGGGUGGGAGGAAGCGGACUCGGAAAUCGAGCUUGUCACCGCAUUUUCAGAACCGUGCCCCUGGCCGGACGCAUCCGCUGGCUCGGGGGGUCAUGCCGUUGCCUGAGAUUCCAUUACUACAAUCAACAGGAGGCAUCGCACACUCUCCUCCCGGGCCAUCCUCAAUCAAAGCCCGUCCUCUCCCAACGCCGUCGGACGCAACAACAGACCGUACCACAUCAGCCACAGCAUCAAAACCCGCCGCCAUCGCACGAGCCGCAGACGGCGGCGCCCGCCCCGCUCUGCAGAUGCGCACCAACAACGCCCACCUCGCCGCGAUUAAGUCCAAUAAACUCCAACCGAUCCCGCCCACCCACCAGCACCCACCCGUCCCACGCUCCCAAUCCCCGACACGACUCCCUCACGAUCUCCAACUCUGGCCCAACCCCCGGCCCCCAUCCCCAAACCACAUGCAUGGCUCCCUCCUCACCCAACAAUACGGCCCGCAUCCACACCCCAAACGGCCCAUAUCCCCGCAAAACAACUCAUACGGCAGAAGUAAGAGCACAACAUCACUCAUCAGCAAAUCACCUACCGCCCCGUCACCGGAAGAAGACGAGGACGAGGACGAUGUCCCUCUCGGAAUGCUACAACACCAUCGGCGGUUGAGUUUUAGCAGCACGGGGAGUCGGUGA